AUGGCGUCUCGUUUCUCGAGGCUCGCGAAGCCUCUGGCCGCCGCCGCCGUCGUCACGACCGGUGGUGCUGCCGCCUUCCUGACCUUCAACAGCGGCCGCGGAGCCCACACCUUCGACAAGCCCUUGGUCGAGCUGAAGCGCGACAACGAGGGUCGCAUCGUCCCUCCCACCUUCCCCUCCGUCAAGGACCGCGCCGCCCAGCUCGCCGACCUGCGCGCAUCCGCCUCUGAGGAGUAUGACCUGCUCGUCAUCGGCGGCGGUGCUACAGGCACCGGAAUCGCCCUCGACGCUGUCACCCGCGGUCUGAAGGUCGCCCUCGUCGAGCGCGAUGACUGGUCCGCCGGCACCUCCUCCAAGAGCACGAAGCUCGUCCACGGCGGUGUCCGUUACCUCGAAAAGGCCAUUCUGAACCUGGAUUACGCCCAGUGGCAGCUCGUCAAGGAAGCGCUCCACGAGCGCAAGACCUUCCUCACCGUCGCACCCCACCUGUCUUCUUCUCUUCCCAUCGUCCUGCCCAUCCAGCAGUGGUACUGGGCUCCCUACGCCUGGGUCGGUACCAAGAUGUACGACCUCCUCGCCGGUUCCCAGGGUCUCGAGAGCUCCUACUUCAUGUCCAAGUCCAAGGCCCUCGAGGCCUUCCCCCUCCUCCGCCGCGAGGGUCUCUUCGGCGCCCUCGCCUACUACGACGGCCAGCACAACGACUCCCGCAUGAACGUCUCCCUCGCCCUCACCGCCGCCCUCUACGGCGCCACCGUCGCCAACCACGUCGAAGUCACCUCCCUGGAAAAGAACCCUCAAGGCAAGAUCUGCGGCGCAAAGGUCCGCGACGUCCUGAACCCCGGCUCCGAAUCCUUCUCCGUCCGCGCCAAGGGCGUCAUCAACGCCACCGGUCCCUUCGCCGACGCCAUCGAGCGCAUGGACAACCCCAACCACAAGUCUAUCGUCGCUCCGGCCUCCGGCGCUCACAUCAUGCUCCCUGGAAACAUAUGCCCCAACGGAAUCGGUCUGCUGCAAACCUCUUCGGAUGGUCGCGUCAUCUUCGUCCUGCCCUGGCAGGGCUCUACCCUCGCCGGAACCACGGAUACCGCCUGCGCCGUCGAGAAGGAGCCUGUUGCGCAAGAACAGGACAUCGCCUUCAUUCUCUCCGAGGUUAACAAGAUGAUCACUCCCGAGUCUGCUCUGUCCCGCUCUGAUGUUAUGGCUGCCUGGUCUGGAAUCCGCCCCCUGGUCAAGGACCCCAAGGCCAAGAACACCGAAUCCCUCGUCCGCUCCCACCUCGUCACCGUCUCCGACUCCGGCCUCCUCACCUGUGCCGGCGGCAAGUGGACCACCUACCGCCAGAUGGCCCAGGACGCCGUCGACGAGGCCAUCUCCGCCUUCGACCUCAAGCCCCGCGCCGGCCUCGCCCUCCCCGACAUCUCCGGUGCCGGCCUCCCCUCGGGCAUCACCACCACCGGGCACUGUAUCACCACCAACGUGCCCCUCGUCGGCGCCCACGGCUUCUCCACCCAGCUGCCCGGCCACCUCAUCUCACACUUCUCCCUCGACCCGGACGUCGCCCACCACCUCGCCACAAACUACGGCGACCGCGCCUUCGCCGUCGCCGCCGUCUCCACCGCCCGCAUCCUCCCCGGUUUCCCCUUCGUCGAGGGCGAGAUCCGCCACGGCGUCCGCGCCGAGCAGGCCCAGACCGCCACCGACCUCAUCUCCCGCCGCACCCGCCUCGCCUUCCUCGACGCCGAGUCCGCCCUCCGCGCCCUCCCCCGCGUCAUCGACGUCAUGGCAGAGGAGCUCGCCUGGUCCGAGUCCCGCAAGAACCAGGAGUGGACCGAGACCGUCCGCUUCCUCCACUCCAUGGGCCUGCCCCAGGGCAGGCUCGGCGUCACCCGCGACGAGGUCCUCAGCAGCACCAACAGCUCCGGCGGCGCCAAGGCCAUCGCCGCCGCCCCCAAGCCUCAAGCCGCCGCGUCGUCUGGCGGUAUCAAGGUCGGUCUGGGCGAGAUCCAGGCCGGCGGUGCACUGGCGAGAGAUCAGGCAUGA